AUGGCGGCUGCACCUCAGGCAAUCAGAAGAACAGGCAACACCUCUGGACGUUUUGCCAAUGCCACUUUGGUCCGCCUUGCUGAGUAUUUGAGUGCCGGGUACAAGAAAGGUGUACGCCCGGUGCGAGACUGGCGGCAAUCAACCUUGGUGGCCAUCGACCUCAUGGUCUAUUCCAUUCUGAAUGUGGAUGAGAAGAACCAGGUUCUGACUACAUACGUGUGGUACAGGCAGCAAUGGGUAGAUGAGUUCCUUGUGUGGAACCCCGAAGACUUUGACAACGUCAAACAAGUGUCUAUUCCCACUGCCAACGUCUGGGUGCCUGAUAUACUAAUCAAUGAAUUCGUGGAUGUGGGCAAGUCCCCAGAUAUCCCGUACGUGUAUGUAGGGAGCAAUGGGCUUGUACGUAACUACAAGCCCAUCCAGGUGGUGACUGCGUGCAGCCUGAACAUCUACAACUUCCCCUUUGAUGUCCAGAAUUGCAGCCUCACCUUCCAGAGCUGGCUGCACACCAUUAAUGACAUUAACAUCUCCCUAAUGAGAACUCCAGAGGAUGUGAGGGUGGACAAGAGUGUCUUCAUGAACCAGGGAGAAUGGGAACUUCUGCAUGUGCUGUCAAAAUAUAAGUCCUUCAGCAUUGACGAGAAUGAUCACUAUGCAGAAAUGAAAUUUAAUGUGGUGAUACGACGCAGACCUUUGUUCUACACAGUUAAUCUUCUCCUGCCCAGCAUAUUCCUCAUGGUGAUGGACAUCGUAGGGUUCUACCUGCCCCCCGACAGCGGAGAGAGGGUGUCCUUUAAGAUCACUCUGCUCCUGGGCUACUCUGUCUUCCUCAUCAUUGUGUCUGACACACUUCCUGCCACGGCGAUCGGCACACCGCUCAUAGGUGUCUACUUUGUGGUGUGCAUGGCCUUGCUGGUGAUCAGCCUCACAGAAACUGUUCUUAUUGUGCGCCUGGUGCACAAGCAGGACCUUCAGCCACACGUCCCGGAAUGGGUCAAACACCUUGUUCUGGAGAGAGCCACUACGUUACUUUGUAUCCGGAACAAGCACAAGUUCUGUCCAAUACUGUUGCGAGGGUCGACACCAUCCCCCUUCAUGGAGAGCAGCACAGGCAUGGUCAGAUGCAAUCAUCGCACAUGCGAGGGCACCAGGGAUGCAGAGAGGGGUGUGGUAGGUGCACUCUCCACUAGAGAUGGAGGCCCGGUCCUGGACAGCAUCCUGCUAGAGCUCUCCUCCAUUCGGCAGUACCUGGACAAGCGGGAUGAGUGCCGGGUUAUUGCCAAGGAGUGGCUGCAGGUGGGCUACGUGUUGGACAUACUCCUGUUCAGGGUCUACCUGGUGGCUAUGCUGGCCUACAGUGUCACCCUGGGAACCCUGUGGUCUGUGUGGCAGUACGCCUGA